CUGACAUUUAAGAAAAAUGUCGGCCUACACAUAAAUGAUAUUUACAAUGAUCCUGUCUUUGCCAACGAACCUGUUGUAGGCAUUUACAUGUUGCACCAGCCAGCCUUACUGAUACGCGAACCCCAACUCAUCAAAUCCGUAUUGAUAAAAAAUUUUCAAAAUUUUCAUGAUCGCUAUGCCAAUGUCGAUGUUAAAUGUGAUACCUUUGGUGCUCAGAACUUAUUUAUGUGCAAAUAUGAUACAUGGAGUAAAGCUCGUCCCAAGUUUUCGCCCACCUUUUCAAGUGGUAAGCUGAAGCAAAUGUUCCCGUUAAUGCUGGAGAUUGGCAACAACUUGGACCAAUAUCUACUCAACCAAGGCGACAACUUUGACCUGGAAGUAAAGAAAGUCUGUGGUCUAUUCACAACCGAUCAGAUUUCUUCAAUAGCAUUUGGUAUUCAGACUCAAAGUUUUUUGAAUCCCAUCAAUGAUUUCGUUCUACAGAAUAUGGAAAAUCUUAAGUCUAGACCGAACUUUAUGAUGAUCACCAUGCUGUUAUUGCCCAAAUUGACUGGACUACUAGGGGCUAAAUUGUUUUCGGAGAAAUAUCAAGAGUUUUUGCGUUCGAGUUUAAACAGUGUCAUCAAAAAUAGAUUGAACACUGGGGAGAAACGUAAUGACUUGAUCGACACUCUUAUCAAGCUACGCAAAGAAGCCUUGGAGACAGUGGAAGAGAAGGAUAAGAAACUCUACGACGAUAUGUUAUUAUCCCAAGCAAGUAUUUUCUAUUUGGCCGGAUAUGAGACCAGCUUAACGACCAUGGCCUUUACAUUGUAUUUGCUGGCCAAACAUCCAGAAAUACAAAAUAAACUACGUAAUGAGAUAAGGGAUUCAUUGGAAGCUAACAUGGGAAAAAUUACAUAUGAGAGCUUAAAGUCCAUGGAAUACCUGGAUAUGGUCAUCAAAGAGAGUUUACGUCUUUAUCCUGUUGUCUCUUAUUUGGAUCGAGAACAUAAGUCUGAGGGCGGUGAGCUGGAUACAUUCUCUCUCAAACCCUAUCACAAUUAUACACUAAAGGAGGGUAUGCCCAUAUUUAUCUCAACACUUGGCAUUCACAAGGAUCCUAAAUAUUGGUCCAAUCCAGAAUUGUUCGACCCAGAUCGUUUUGAUCCGCACAACUCUAUUCCACCUUAUGCCUAUAUGCCAUUUGGUAUUGGUCCCCGCAAUUGCAUUGGCGACCGUAUGGCUUUGCUAGAAGUCAAAAUUGGAAUUUUAAAUUUUCUCAAGAACUAUGAGGUGCAAGAAUGUGAAAAGACUGUGAAGGAGCUAAAAUAUGGAGCAAAUACCAUAACAUUGAUGUGCAAGGAUGAUUUGUAUUUGAAAUUUGUGAAAAAUCGAUUAAAAUUAAAUUUAGUGAGUUAUCUAUAUCAAAAACAUGAUAAAAUCUCUUGUAUGGAAAACGAUGCUGUGUUAGUGUAUUCAUAUGAGAAUCCCCUCAGGCAAUCAAUUAUUGAAAAAAAAGAAUCGAGCAUUGUGCUAUUGUUGGUGGCCUGGUGCAAACGCACUUACACUUUCUGGCAACGUCAUAAUAUACCCUAUGUCAAACCUUUGCCUAUUAUUGGCACCCUUAAAGAUGUUCUAACUAUGAAGAAAAAUGUCGGAGUACACAUCAAUGAAAUUUAUAAUGAUCCUGUCUUUGCCAAGGAACCGGUAGUGGGCAUAUACAUGCUGCAUCAGCCAGCAUUGCUGAUACGCGACCCCGAACUCAUCAAGUCCAUGUUUGUGAAGAAUUUUCAAAAUUUUCAUGACCGUUAUGCCACCGUCGAUGUAAGUGUUGAUCCCUUUGGCGCUCUGAAUAUGUUUCUGUGCAAGUACGAAACUUGGAAUAAAAUGCGGCCAAAAUUCUCACCCACCUUCACGAGUGGAAAAUUGAAGCAAACAUUUCCCCUGAUGGUCAAGGUUGCUCAAAAUUUAGAAAAAUUCCUGGUGAAAAAAGGUAACAAAUUCGUCUUAGAAGUCCGUGAGCUAUGUGGCCUUUAUACUACCGAUCAAAUUUCUACUAUUGCCUUUGGUAUUCAGGCCCACAGUUUUGAUAACUUCAACAAUACUGCGAAUAUGUUUUCUUUGCAAAAUCAGUGCAAUAUUAAGGAACGCCCCACCUAUAAAAUUGUCGUCAUGCUGCUGCUGCCCCGUUUGGCCAAACUUUUUCGUGCUGAACUAUUUACCAAAAAAUAUCAAAACUUUUUGCGCACAAGUUUGAAUAACAUCAUAGAAGAGAGAAAGCGAUCGGGUGUAAUACGUAAUGAUCUGAUCGAUACUCUGAUAAAGCUGCGCCAGGAGGCUGAGGGAACCAUUGAGGAGAGUGAGAAGCAAAUAUAUGAUGAUACUCUAUUGGCUCAGGCGAAUGUAUUCUAUUUGGCAGGAUAUGAGACUUCAUUGUCCUUCCUCUCAUAUUCUCUCUAUUUGCUGGCCAAGCAUCCCAAAGUACAAAAACGUCUACGAGAAGAGAUUAAAUGUUGCCUGGAAAAUGAAAACGGUCAUGUGACCUAUGAAUCCUUGCAAAACAUUCCCUACAUGGAUAUGGUUAUGCAAGAGAGUUUAAGGCUUUACCCCGUUGUCUCGUUCCUUGAACGCGAACACAAUUGUGAUGAUCCUGUUUUGGGUAAAUUCUCUUUAAAGCCACAUCAUGAUUUUGAUUUGCCGGGAGGCAUGCCUAUAUUUGUAUCAACAUUGGGCAUGCAUAACGAUCCCAAGUAUUGGGACAAUCCUGAAGUUUUCGAUCCUGAACGCUUUGCACCUGGCAAACCUAUACCCUCUGCUUAUAUGCCGUAUGGAGCAGGACCCCAUAAUUGCAUUGGUGGUCGUUUGGCCAAAUUACAAUCAAAACUUGGCUUUAUACAUAUUCUUAAGAAUUUUGAAAUGCGUUCGUGCAGUAAAACAGUGGAGGAUUUGAGGGUAUCCAGCAAUACCAUAUCGUUGGUGUGUGAGGAUGAUAUACACCUAGAAUUCGUCAAAGAUGUUCUGUGGGACCAAUACAUAGUCAGUUUGAAAAAUUCAAGAAAAUUAAAAACAUUUUAUAAUGAUCAUUGCGAUCACUGUAGUGUUAAUAACAUUGAUUGUGCUAUUUUUAGCGGUUUGGAUGUCCUUACAAUGAAGAAAAAUGUCGGUGUACACAUCAGUGAUAUUUACAAUGACCACAAAUUUGAUAGCGAACCUGUGGUGGGCAUCUAUAUGCUGCAUAAGCCAGCAUUGUUGAUACGUGAACCUGAACUCAUCAAGUCCAUAUUUAUUAAAAACUUUCAUAAUUUUCGCGACCGUUAUGCAAAUGUCGAUGUGGAUGUUGAUCCUUUUGGGGCUUUAAAUAUAUUUAUGGCCAAAUAUAAGACCUGGAGUAAAAUGCGUUCCAAAUUCUCGCCAACAUUUACAAGUGGAAAACUAAAGCAGAUGUUUCCUUUGAUGAUAGAGGUUUCCCAGAAUAUGGAAAAAUAUCUACUCGAAAAGGGCGAUAACUUUGAACUGCAAGCUCAAGAAAUGUGCGGACUCUUCACCACCGAUCAAAUAUCGACAAUAGCCUACGGCAUUCAGACGCACAGUUUUGAUAGUAGCGGGCGAACUUCUAAUGUUUUUGCUUUGCAAAAUGAGAAUAAUAUCAAGGAGAGACCUUCGUACAAAAUUAUCGUUAUGCUCCUACUGCCACAACUGGCGAAAUUUUUCCGUGUCGAACUAUUUACGAAGAAAUAUCAAAAUUUCUUGCGGACGAAUUUAAAUAGCAUAAUAGAAGAACGGAAAAAGUCAGGAAUCAUACGAAAUGAUUUGAUUGAUAGCCUCAUCGAGUUGCGUCAAGAGGCGGCCAAGGAAAAAGUUGAGGAAUGCGAUCGAAAACUAUACGACGAUAUGUUAUUGGCCCAGCCGAAUGUAUUCAAUUUAGCCGGCUACGAGACCACAAUAUUAUCGAUUUCCUAUACUUUGUAUUUGUUGGCUAUGAAUCCGCCCAUACAAAAACGUCUACGCGAGGAAAUUAAAAUUUUGUUGGGACAACAAAAAGGCAUUAUAACCUACGAGUCAUUAAAAAAUUUGCAGUAUUUAGACAUGGUGCUAAGUGAAAGUCUGCGUUUAUAUCCGGCAGUACCCUAUCUUGAGCGUGUGUGCACCAAUAAUGAUGUAGAUAUGGAGAAGUUUUCAUUGAAACCAUAUCAUAAUUUCGAGAUACAAGAUGGCACGCCGAUAUUUGUAUCGGUAUUAGCUAUGCAUAGGGAUCCAAACUUUUGGUCAAAUCCUGAAGUGUUUGAUCCAGAACGUUUUGCCCCCGAUCGAACUGUGCCCUCAGCCUAUAUGCCCUUUGGUGUGGGUCCUCACAAUUGCAUAGGUAGUCGAUUGGCAUUGAUUGAAGCGAAACUUGGCCUUGUUUACAUCCUGAAGAAUUUUGAGAUUCAAGUUUGCGCUCAAACACCAAAACUUUUAACCAUGGCUAGCAAUGCAAUUUCACUGACACCGCGUGAAGAAAUAGUCCUAAAAUUCUCAAAAGAUGUUUUAUAA